AUGUUGAGCCGUGACCCCGACGGGGGGGCGGUGGAAGCGGAGAGCCCAGGUGCGGGGCCGGCCGCUGGCGUGCUCGCCCCUGCCCCGCCCCUCCCCGCUGACUCACGGUGCUGCCCCGCGGAGCGCACGCCCCGCCAGCACCCGCAGGAGGUCCAGGGGUCAGCGGUGCAGCGCCUCCGCCAGGCCAGCAGCCGGCGGCAGCACGUGCUGCUGUUGUCCAGCCUGCUGGCGAGGCAGGGCGAGGCGGUGCCCCGCGGGGCCCUGCAGGUGACGGGGCGCCGCGUGGCGGCCCGGGACGCCCACGCCUACGCCCCGCCGGAGGACAGCGAGAGCCCCGCCCGCCGCUACCUGGUGCGGGUGGAGCAGCUCCUGGCGGCGCGGCGCCGCGGCAGGGAAGCCGCACGAGGCGCCCACGCCAUAUCGGGCGCGCGGCCCCCCGCGGCCUCCCUACGCACCCCCGUGGCGGCCCAACGUGACCGUGCCUGCGGAGUCACCGGUGACGCCAACACGCCCCCGCCAGGAAGCCGGCCGACACACAGAUUUCCGCGGCCCCGCCCCGCCCCCCGCCGCAGGGAGCCCCGCGCCCCUGCCCUGUGCGGGCUGCUGCUGGUGCGGAGCUCCGUGCUGUGCCAGCCCCAGGCACCGCCCCACAGCGCCCGCCGCAGACACCGCCCGCCGCAGCGCCGCGCCCCGCAGCAGCCGCAGCGCCGUGGCCCGACGUCCCGCAGCCCUUCUCCCGCCCCCUCCGAGGACCCGCCGCCCCUGGACUCCCCGCGGCCCCAGGACCCCCGCACGCUGUUCACGGUGACGGUGCGGCCCGCCACGGCUGCCCAGCAACACCACCACCACUACCUGCAGCAGCAACGACAAGAACGACAACAACGCGAGGCGCCGCCACCGUUGCGUCAGACUGUCGGUGAGCGAGGCGGUGGGGGGCACCCUGCCCCGGCCCCGCCCUCCGCCCGCGCCCUCACCCUCGCCCCGGCCAGCCCGAGGCUCUGUGCGCACGUGUCAAAAGGGGGGGGCAGCGGCGGCGGCACCUUCCUCCCCGCCCCGCCGCGCCGCACCAGCCUUCAGUCACUCGCCAGCCACAGCCUCCGCCGCAGGCCACACCCAGACCUCCAACGCGCCGCACGCUAUAUAAGCCCGCGCGCCCUGCAGCCCGGCCAGUCCGACGCUUUGCCUGACAGGGUACACACGCCCCCGCCGCCACACACGUCCCUCGUGCCACUCGGCCCCGAGCAGCGCCCCCCAGGCUAG